AUGCCCUUCUACUGGGAGACGCAACCGUUCACGGAUGCUGACUACGAUGCGGCACUAUGUGCCAGCGUGAACCGCACAAAGCAGUGUUCUGGGUUGACAACGCAGUACCACCUCUACCGGGCUUUCGGGAUCACCUCGAAGUACAAGUUGCAAUGUGCGAAGGAUCUCUUCCUCAUACCACACACGGCGCUCGGAGUGUGCUUGGAGAUCCUCUUCAUCUUCGCCCUCUGCAUCGGAAACCGAGGACUUUACGAGCACAGCAAGAUCAUGUUGCCCAUGGCCGCCCUUUUUGCCUUGCACAUCCUGCCAGCUGCUGGAGGCAUCCCGAACAGUCUCACGGGACUCCCUGUGAAUCAGACCCUGGUGUUGCUGAUCUUAGCGGCCGUGGCACUGGGCGCGGCGGGCAUGUGGGCGGACUAUCAUGCGAACGGCAAGGAGCCUCCUGUCCAGCAGCGUGCAGGGAGGCUGCUCUUCCUGUCCUGGAUCCUAAUUGGUGCUCUUGUGAACUUAGCUCCCAUCGGCGAGUGGGCCAUUCUCGCGAGCAGCUGGAACAGCAAAGCCUCCCCCGACGUUCCGCACCCGCUGUCGGGCCAUGAUUGGUACACUAAGCUCAACUGUCCUUGGUUGGGUCGAAUUGCGGCGAUGUUCGCAAUGUUUACCGUCUUCAUGUAUUCCUUCGAUGUCUACGCGGAAGAGCGUGGAGAGCGGUGGAGGAGCCCAUUCAGCAGGGAUGGGCCUGCCCUCUGGCAGCUGAUGCGAAGACCGUAUCCAGAUGUCGAGGACAAGUUCCCUGAGAGGCCGGAGCGCUGGCUGGAAGCAACCGGCGAGUGCUUCGUACUUUGCAUCGGCGUCUCCUGGCUAGUCACAUCCGUCUUCAACCCAGGCAUCUUUCGCGACAAUAUCCUUCGCAGCAUUGUCGGAUACAACAAUCUUUGCGUUGGUUUUGACAGCCCUCCCGCGCGGUACGUGGCCAUGCCGCUCUUGGUUUGCCAAGCCGUGCUUGCGGCACGCUAUACCUAUCUGGACACCAUUCGUCUGAAAGCAAACCGGGCAUACCUGACUCCGUGCCAAUACUGGCUCGGAUACUAUGCCAACACUGUCUUUGCCGUCUGGAUGGCCUGCUUUCCAAUGCUCCUCGUGAUUACCGCAGAGUUUGACAGCUGGACGAGCACAAAGAUCCACCUGUUUCUCUUCAUGGCGACGUUGUUCAUCAUGUGGGCCAUGAUUGCCGGCAAUGUCCUUGAGGCGGAAGAGGUGGAGACAGGCACACGGAUCUGGUUCGGCUUGUUUACCUUUCACACGCUGGCGCUGCCAGCAGUCGGCGUGAUUGAUGUUCUCAACUUCCACCCGGACCUGACGGCGGCGGAGAUACCUUCAAUCA